AUUUCAUGGCAGUGGCACGCAUUUGGGACUUGGACUUUUCGUGACAGCAUGUCAUUUUCGACAUUUGAUUGAUAAUUUUCCAAAGAUCCAUCAAAUUAGUUUGUUUGAAAGUUAGUUUAGGCGCUAAAUGUGUAUAUUUUUAAUUUUUCACGUUAAAAUAAGGAUGUGAGUGAUCGGGGUCCAUGUUUGGUUAGCGCGGCUAGGGUUCCCAAGAUGAGUGCUCAAAAAUGCGUUGUAGAGGGCUGCAAUUUGGAAUAUGAUGUGGUCUGCAGCUUUUCCUUCUACAAUGUCAACACCACAUCAGACACAGACGACAAAAGACAGGACUGGAUCGAGGGUGCUAUGCAGGAGGAGAGCGAGUGCCUCUGGCGGCACGUUAACUUACAGUUGUGCGGGUACCACUUCGAGCUGGAUGCGCAAGGGCUAUGGAUAGACUCGCCCAUGUUGCCUGAGCUGCUGACGCCGCAGGAGCAGGCGGCGCCGGUGCAGCAGACGCCAGAACAGAAAAAAGCCGCCGACAUCAUUCGCAUAGAACACAACUACAGCAUGGAGUCGUGUAAAAAGGAACCGGAGGCGAUUUCUCGUCUCAACGUGAGACAGCUGGUCGACACGCUGGGUUACCUUUCAUUGAAGAAUCUACAGAAAAAGCAACUGUGGGUUGUGAAGGUUGAAAGUGAUAAAGCGGAAGCUUCCAUCACUCAGUCGGAGCAGGUCAUCACCAAAAUGCCUGAUCCCAAACAGAUUAUAGAGAUCAUACCACAAACGUCUAGCUCCGGCCAGACAGAGGGCGAGGUGGAUCCGAACCUGCAGAACCAGAGCGAGGUCCUACAAAUCAUGGACGACGGCAACAUCUCCGAUAACUUCAUAUACGAAAUAGCCGAAGAGCAGGAGAUAACCAUGGAGGAGGUCAAGGAGAUACCGGCUUCCGAACACCAGGAGUGGACGGUGAACAUCAUCCCGGACGACACCAAGCCGAAGUACGCGUACAUCAAACAUUGCAACAGCGGCAAGAAGAAGAGGCACUUCACCACAGAGAUGAACGAGAUAACGCUCCACGGCGACUUCGAGAACUACUACAUACUGCCGGACGUCGAUCCGUCCGUCGGCGUGGAGAUCACCACCAGCUACGAGCCGGAGAGCUUCAUCGUCGAGGAGUACCCGCACCUGGUGCUCGAGGAGCGGCCGAGGAAGUCGAGGGAGGAGAGGAAGCGGAAGAAGAAGUCGCCCACCGUCCGGGAGCAGGUGAAGCAGAUCAAGACGGAGAUCGGCGAGGACUGGGUGGUGGAGAACAACAUAUACGACCAGGACGCCUCCGAGGACUAUGAUGAGAAGAAAGCGGCGCGCGUCCGGAGGAAAAAUAAGAAAUACCUCGGUAUGAAUGGCCUUAAAUGAUGAUACUGGCUUAGUUUUUACAACGUACUCUCGUGGGCGCCACAACGAUCCACAGCGCCGGCCACACAGCUCCCUCAGAGUUUAAUAUAUUAUAAUAAUGAUGAUGAUAGUGUAUUUUGUUUCUUUCGCUUCCUCAAUAAUCAUUAGUGUAUGUUUAGUGAUGUCGAAACGCGUCUACCCGCUCUGUUUUAGUUCUGCGUAAAAAAUUAGUUUUUUUUUUUUAUCCACGGCAAACUUAAAAAGAAAAUAAUGUAAAUUGCGGGUAGAUUCGUUUUACUGGAGUUCGUUUGAAGUCGGUAUUUAGGAUAGAUAUUUUUUUUUUAAAUAUUGACCGCUUACUUAGUUUAAGAUGAUUUUUUUUUCAUAUAUUAUGUUGUUGGGAUAGUGUAAAAUAGACGUUUAGAAUUGAUUGCGAAUUCUAUCGGCUGGCUCGCCAUUUACUGAUGCAAUUCUAGGUGGUAAGAAUUCACGAAAAUGCUAAAGUUGAAAUCGGGCCACGGAUGUACGGAAAAAUAAGAGUACUUUUUUUGAAGUCGGUUAAAAUUUGAUGAAACAACUAUCGACCAUUGUUAGACAUCAAAUCUGAUGCCAACGCUUUCAUCAAGACGAGAAAAUAAAGUAUUUUAUUUGAAUAUUGUGUCGCAAUGUAUUUUAUUUUAUUUGGUAGCCAGUCGAUAAUUUCUUAAAUUUAGAUAAAUAUGUUUGCCAAAAAAGAAAUCACUUCAUCAAAAUUAAAGAUUCAUUAUGAGAUAAAGUUGAAAUGUUAUUUAUUUACAUCAACAAACUAUUAAUAAAUAGGCAUUAAGGUUUUUAACUAACUAAAAAGUUUAUAUUAUUUAAAGACGAUAAGUUUUGUUUUAAAAUUGUGUUUUUGAUUGUGGAAAUGAAAAAUCGAGUUUUAAGCAAAAUAUUAUUGACCACUUUUCGCGCUAAAUUUAAUUAUUAGUAAUUAAAGAAUUGUGAAUAAGUUAACACAACACUUUUUACGUUUGGGAUUUGGAAUAAAUUUAGAACAUUACGCUCUUUUGCACAGUUGGUAUGUUAAUUAUAGACAUUGCAGAUCAAGGGCCAGGUUCACGACUUGCCGAUAAAAUCUCUGAUAGCUUAUUUAACUUUACUUUAUUUGUCAUUUUAACUGACAGAUAAGCUAAAGAAAACAUAUCUGGAAGUUGUGACACUGGCUGUUAAAAUUAUAUAAUGAAUUUCAUCGCCUUCAAUUGUAAUUAAAGAAAGUGUAUAAAUUUUCUUCUCAUCUGUACAGAUUGUCGCUUAAAUCAUAAGCUUAGAUUAUUAGAAAUUAUACCAUAAUUAUGUUUUGGUUUUCGUUAAGUACUGAAUAUAAGACUAUUUUAAA